GCGGCAGCGAGCCCUAUAAACCGAGGGCGGCGUACCCCCUGGCCGCCAUUAACACUGCCGCACAGCAGCCGCGUCCACCUCACGUAUGAUCUGUAGCCACUCAUCAUAGACACUAGCUAGCUGCUAGCCUGUGCUGCUGCUGCUGCUGCUCCCUGCCGUAGCUGUCGUGUCCUUUCCUCUGCCUGCCUGAUUGCCGAGCCGCCAUGGAUAUCUGGAAGUCCAAGGUGCUGCCCAAGAUCAAGCUCGUCUUCGCCAAGUCCGGCGGCAAGAAGGCCGCCGCCGCCGCCGAGCUCCUCAAGUCCUUCGACGAGUCCAAGGAGGGGAUCAAUGGCGAGUUCGAGGAGAAGAAGGAGGAUCUCCAGCCUAAGGUCGUCGAGAUCUACGAGUCUGCUCCUGCCCCGCUCAAGGUUCUGAUCAAGGAGAGGGGCAAGGUGUCCGGGAUCAAGAAGAACUCGGCCGCCAUCACCAAAUUCUUCGAGGAUCUGGCCAAGAUCGAGUUCCCUGGCGCCAAGCAAGUGAGCGAGGGCAUCUCCAAGGUCGGCCCGGCCCUGCUGUCCGGCCCCAUCUUCGCCACGUUCGAGAAGGUCUCCACGCUGCUCCCUGCCGCCGCCGAGGAGGCAGCAGCCGAGGAGAAGGACGCCGCCGCCGCCGCCACCGAGGAGGCAGCAGCCGAGAAGAAGGACGCCGCCGCUGUCGAGGAGAAGAAAGAGGAAGCCCCGGCCGGCGAGAAGAAGGAAGAGGCGGCUCCUGCAGCGGAGGAGGAGAAGAAAGAAGAGGCGGCUCCGGCUGCAGCCACCGAGGAGACCGCGGCCGAGACUGCACCCGCUGCCGAUGCAGCUGCCGCGGAGCCCGCUGCGGAGGCGGCGCCGGCGCCCGAGGCAGCGGCGGAAGCUGCGGUCACCCCAGCAGCCGAGCCGGAGGCAGCGGCGGAAGCUGCGGUCACCCCAGCAGCCGCCUAGCUAGGGUUGAUCAGGUUCAUCUUGCAGCCCGCAGCUAGGUAGAGACAUCACUCGGCUCCGCAUGCGCAAUCAUGCUCUAUCAUCACAUCACCAUCCAUUGUUCCUGCAUAUAUGCACAAUGUUUUUGUUGCUCUCGAUCGAUCGACCUGUUCCUAUGCAGACCGGUUAGCUUUGUAUGUAUGUGUAUGUAAGCCUAUAAUUUUUGCAUGUGUACCUAUUAUUUAUUCAUUCGCAGUGUGAGGACAUGUAUAUUAUUGCCAGCAGUUUUGGUUCAAUUCAAUCAUUGAUUCUUUGUUCCAUGAUCGAUCAA